AUGGCCAUAUUAGGCAAAACAAGAUUAUUGUUAUUUAUUACAUUAUUUAAAAUAUUAUUAAUUAAUUUAUCAUAUCAACAAGAUGACAGACCAAUAAAAGGUCCCUUAACAAAUCAUUUUACAGAUUGGUUAGUAUCUCAUGGUUAUGAAGCAGAUAAUUUUGAAAGAACAGACAUCGGUCCAAAUGGUUCUUUUGGUGGUAAAAUAAGAAGUAAUGAAAGAAUAACUCAUGAACCUGUUAUCUUUGUUCAUGGUACUGGUGAUGCAGCACUCCAUACUCAGGCACCAGCAGCAACAGGUUGGAGUAGAAGUAUAAAAUAUUUUAUGGAACAAAAUUAUACUUCUGGUGAGUUAUAUGCAACAACCUGGGGUGAUACAUGGGGAAAUGGAAAUAUUCUUGAUUCUUAUAAUAAAAUGCAUACAUGUGCUAAUUUAAUUAGUUUAAGAAGAUUUUUUGAAGCUGUUAUAAGAUAUACAAAAGCUAAAAAAGUUGAUGUUAUAGCUCAUAGUGUUGGUGUUAUUUUUGCAAGAAAAGUUAUAAAAGGAGGAACAUUAAUUGGAACAGAUGGAAAUUGUUCGUUAGGACCACCAUUAACAAGUAGAGUUGAUACAUUUUUAGGAAUAUCAGGACCAAAUUAUGGUUUAUGUAUAUGUCAAUUGGCACAAACAGUUCCAGCAUGGUGUAAUGCUUUAGAUGGUUUAUAUCCAGGAUAUACUUGUGAUGAUCAAAUGUUAUGUGGUUAUCCUUCAGCUGAUUGUAAACAAAAAAAUUAUUCCUCUUUUCUUGAAACUGUUAAUCAAGAUUCAACAAGAGAAGGAGAUCAUGUUUAUGCAAUGUGGUCAGAUGUUGAUGAAAUAUUAAUGUUCCGUGGAUUAACUUGGGGUAAACCAACAUCAAGAAUACCAAAUAUGAAUGGUCGAUGGGUCUCUGAUAGAAAUACACAUGUAGGUAUGAAAGAUUUUACUGAAUUAAGACAAUUUGAAGCUGUUGUUCAUCACUCAAUUUAA